AUGGUGAGCUCCGGAGAGCCAGCAGCGGCGCACGAACUGAGUGAGGUCCCCAGCGAAAAUACGAUACGGAUUUUGGUGACGACGGACAACCAUGUGGGCUAUAAUGAGACGGACCCUAUCACGGGGGAUGAUUCGUGGCAGACGUUCCACGAGAUAAUGAUGCUGGCGCGGGAGAAGCACGUUGACAUGGUGCUGCAGGGCGGAGACUUGUUCCAUGUGAACAAGCCGUCGAAACGGGCGCUGUACCAGGUGAUGCGCACGCUGCGGCUGGCGUGCAUGGGGGAGCGCGCGUGCGAGCUGGAGCUGGUGAGCGACCCUGCGCGUGUGUUCAACUACAACGAGUUCUCGGAGGUGAACUACGAGGACGGCAACUUCAAUAUCGACGUUCCGGUGUUCGCGAUUGCCGGGAACCACGACGAUGCGUCGGGGCAAGGGCUGCUGACGCCGAUGGACCUGCUGCAGGUGUGCGGGCUGGUGAACCACUUCGGGAAGGUGGGGCAGACGGACAACAUCGAGCUCAAUCCGCUGCUGUUCCGGAAGGGCGGGACCCAGCUGGCGCUGUACGGCCUGGCGUCGAUCCGCGAUGAGCGGCUGUUCCGGACGUUCAAGGAGGGCAACGUGCGCUUCAACGUCCCUGCCGGCCAGGCGGACGACUGGUUCAACCUGAUGUGCGUGCACCAGAACCACUCGAGCCACGCGAACACUGCGUUUCUUCCUGAGGCCGUGCUGCCGGACUUCCUGGACAUGGUGGUGUGGGGCCACGAGCAUGAGUGCAUCCCGCACCUGAUGCAUAACGCGAGCAAGGGGUUUGACGUGCUGCAGCCAGGCUCUAGCGUGGCGACCGCGCUCAGCGACGGUGAGUCGAAGGAGAAGCAUGUCUUCAUUCUAGAGUUGCAGCGGGGCGAGCGCCCGCGCCUGGUGCCCCUCCCGCUCACGACGGUGCGGCCGUUCAUAAUGGAGGACAUUUCUUUAAAGGACGUGGAAGGGCUCAAGCCCCACGAUAAGGAGGCAAUUGCCAAGUACCUGGUGGAGCAGGUCGAGCGGUUGAUCGAACGCGCGCGGGCAACCAGUGCCGAGCGACUGCACGCAGCGCGCCGCGAGGGGAACGGCGAGGACAUGCUGCCGCUGAUACGACUACGGGUGAACUAUGCUGCGGGGCCUGGCGCACCAAUGGACUACCAGGUGGAGAACCCAAGGCGCUUUAGCAACCGGUUUGUCGGGAAGGUCGCGAAUGCAAACAACGUUGUGCACUUCUACAAGCGGCGGCAGGCUCGCAGGGGCGGCCAGAAGGCAGACGCGGUCGCCGACCUGGAUAGCCUGGCUGAUUAUAGCAACCAAACCAGCGACCUGGAAGUGCAAACACUGGUGAAAGAUCUGCUCACAGACAUGAACCUCUCGUUGCUGCCCGAGAUAGGCCUGAACGAAGCAGUCAGGAAGUUUGUCGACAAGGAUGAGAAGAACGCGCUAAAGCAGUUCAUCGACCAUGAGGUUGACCAUGAGGUCAAGAUAUUGGCCACCAGCAAGGAGGUCCUGCAAACGGAUAACAUAGAGGACCUCAAAAGGCUUGUCAAGCAGGUGCGGUACUCUGCCCGCUCACCAGAGGACUCCGCGAACUCGCUUACCGAAUUCAACGACUUCGAGAUGGAGACUCCCACUGUUGUUGCGAAGCGCAGCCAACGCUCCAAAAAGUCCUCGGCCGGAAGAAAGACUGCCUCCGCUCGUACACGGAAGACAGGUAUUUCGGCACAGUUUGUGACGUCGGACGACAGCGACGAGACACCCAUCCAGAUUAGCGAUGACAGCGACCAGAAUAUGAUCCUUACUGACGAGGAAGAAUCGAGCAAUAAAGUUGACGCCGCUUCGAGCUCUAAUAGCGGUAAGAGCACCGCUAGUAAACGUCCAGCCAAAACUAGGAAGCCUAAGGCUGACACUGCGGCUACGAAAAGCGGAACCACCUCCCGGAUGCCCAAGACUGCUGCUUUGCAGGCGCUGCUGAACAAGAAAAGGGGGGCUUCGGCAGAAUAG